AUGGUUCUCUCAAGUCGCACCGUCCAUAUCGUUAGUGUCCACUCCGCCGGUGAAAUCGGAGAUGUGAUCGUGGGCGGAGUUCUUGAUGAUGAGCUACGCCAACUUCUGCUCAAUGAGCCUCGCGGUCGCCCUUCGUGUAAUGUGAACCUUGUCCUACCACCCUGCGACCCUCGCGCCGAUGCAGGAUUCCUCCUUAUGGAGAGUGAGGAGUAUGCCCCCAUGUCCGGCUCAAAUACCAUCUGUACAACCACUGCCCUUCUUGAAACUGGAAUGAUCAAGACGCAAGAGCCGUUUACUACUCUCAAGCUUGAUACUGCUGCCGGUCUGAACGUGGCCUUUGAUAAUGUCCCCGCAUUUGUAUUCCAUCUUGACUUGGAAGUUGAGGUUCCGGGGCUUGGAAAAAUUCUCUGUGAUAUUGCAUGGGGCGGUAUGAUGUACGCUAUUGUCGAUAUGGCCCAAACAGACCUCACCAUGAACCCCAAUGAUGGCCAGAAGAUUGGCGAAUACGGAGAGCGGAUCAAGCGCGCUGUUCAAGCAACCGUUCACCCUGUUCACCCUGAAAAUCUGGGCAUUAACGGCGUGACCAACUUCAUCUUCACAGCACCUCUGGAGGAUGGACCUGGUGGGAAGAAAGCGCAGAAUGCUGUGGUUGUAUCUCCUGGCCGUCUCGAUCGAACUCCUUGUGGAACUGGCACUUGCGCUCGAAUGGCCCAGCUCUAUGCUAGGAAGCAGAUGGCUGAGGGCGAGUCAUUUCAACACACCAGUAUUAUCGAAACAGAGUACACCGGUACCAUUGUGGGUGUGACCAAGGUUGGCAACUAUGAGGCGGUGCUACCACGGGUCAAGGGUAGCGCUUGGAUUACAAGCUUCCGGCUAGUCGUUCUUGAUCCCACAGAUCCUUUUCCAGAGGGUUUCCGAGUUGGUGAUGCCUGGCAUCCUCGGUCUACCCCCAAGAACCUCGUGCAGUGA